AAAAUGGCCAACAUAGGCGAAGCAGCUGCGACAACCAAAAAGGCCGACCUGCAGCAUGUGAAGGCUGAAGAUGUCGAGGGCGCCACCGGAGAGACGGAAAAGGGAGACGAAGGAGAGGAAGAAGGCGACGAGGGCGACGAGGACGAGGGAGAGGAGGCGACCCAGCAAGGGUCAAGUCUCAACGCCAAACAGAAGAAGAAAAAGAAGAGCAAGGCUGCGGCCAAGUUGAAAAAGAAGCUUGGCAUGGGUGGUCAGGAGGGCGCCGCCUCGUCGUCAUCUGGGAAAGAAGCGCAUGCAUUGACCGACGAGCAGGUCAAGCAGUUGCAGCAGGCCGUAGAGAAGGAGCAGGGGCCCGUGGCAGCGAGCAAAGUGGACCGACAGAACCUCCAGAAACUCAUGGAAAUGAUGAAUCUCGAGCGUGAUGCCCUGCUCAAGAGCCAAGAGAGCAAGCAAAAGAGCGCCAAGGCCAUCGCAGACCACAAGUUUUGGAAGACGCAGCCUGUGACCAAAUUUGGUGAUGCGCCGCUUAGAUCUACACGUGAGGAGGGGCCUAUCGAGGCCAACCAGCCGCCGGAAAAGAUUAGACAGGAGCCUUACCCGUUGCCGAGCGACUUUGAAUGGGUCACUGUCGACAUCGAUGAUCCUGAACAGCUCAAGGAAGUUUAUGACCUCCUCUCGGGUCACUACGUCGAGGACGACAACGCAACACUACGCUUUAAUUACUCGCCCGAGUUCUUCAAUUGGGUCCUCAGGCAUCCGGGCUUCAACAAGCUCUGGCACGUUGGCGUGCGAGUGAAGAGUACCGGCAAGCUCAUCGCGUUCAUUUCGGGCAUUCCACAUGAGCUACGAGUUCGAGAGCAAUCCUACCACUGUACCGAGAUCAACUUCCUCUGUGUACACAAGAAGCUACGCUCGAAGCGUCUAGCGCCGGUGUUGAUCAAGGAGGUGACACGCCGCUGCAACCUUACGGGUGUUUUCCAGGCCAUCUACACGGUAGGCGCUGUGCUGCCAACACCCAUCAGCUGCGCCCGCUACUACCAUCGCACCAUCAAUCCCGAAAAGCUCCUCGAGAUUGGCUUCAGCUCGGUGCCGUUGGGUAUGACCAAGGAGCGGUACUUUGCGCGGUACACAUUGCCAGAGCAGACGCAGGUUGCGAACCUGCGACCGAUGGAGAAGAAGGACGUAGCACAAGUCGGGAGGCUCAUGAGACGGUAUAUGCGGCGAUUUGACAUGGCCGCCCGCUUCUCCGACGACGAGGUCGAACACAUCAUGUUGGGCGGGCAUGGCCAUGGCGAGGUCGAAGGGAAAAAGGCCAGGCAGGUUCUUUGGACCUAUGUCGUCGAUAACCCGGAAAAGGGAUGCAUCACCGACGUCUUCUCCUACUAUAGCCUUCCGUCUUCGGUCCUCGACAGCGACAAGCACAAGACGCUAGAGGCAGCAUACCUCUUCUACUAUGCCACUGAUGUGCCUUUCCAAAGCGAGAGCUUCUCCUCUGCUAGGCCAUCUACCUCGGAGCAGUCGACACCCUCGACGAGAUUCUCGGUGCCGCAGUGGCAGCAAUCGCCCAUCACGGGCCUCUCGAGUUCGGAGCUGGCAGACGAGGCCAAUGUGACCCCGUGGGACAAGGAAGACAUCGGUGUCAAGCAGCGCCUCAAAGCUCGGCUCAAUGAGUUGAUGCAGGACCUCUUCGUCCUUGCCAAACGCGAGGGCUUCGAUGUGGUAAACUGCCUCACCGUCAUGGACAACCCCCUCUUCCUGCAAGACCAGAAGUUUGGUCCGGGAGACGGCUUCCUGCGCUUCUACCUCUUUAACUGGCGUGUCCAGCCAAUUGCCGGCGGCAUGGGCAGUCGAGCGGGCGAAGCAGAGAUCGACCCGGUCAUUCAGCACCUCCGCGCUUCGGCAGCCUCGUCUGCUUCUGCCUCGUCUUCCUCAUCAGCGAAGCAGGCUGUGUCAGAAGAGGAGAUGCGGCGCGUGCUCGAGAGUAGGCCAAGACCAGAACUGGGGAGCGGAAACGGAAUCGUGAUGGUGUAGACAUUGCGAGCACACUUGAAGAGAAUGAACUAAUACAAAAAUUCAUGCCUCCUCCUCUACCUCCUCUUUCUUGACUCGACUGCCUCCCACCUUCUUUACCGGCGAGCCAUUUUCUUGUUUGAUGGACUCCUUCUUGAUGCCUGCUGCGCGCGACUUGGAGAAGAGGCCAGCCUGGCGCAGGGGGCACUUGACGACGUCGAAUUUGGCCUUAUCGUCCUCCUUCCACUCCUCCUGUUUGACGCCCGAGAUGACGCUCAUCCCCUCCUUUUCCCAGUC